UGGAAUCGGGACGAUUGUCUCUUCUCUGUCUGUUUCCUUCACAGACUCACUCUGUCCCGAAUCCCACUGUGCGUUGUGCACGAUGUGGACGGUUCAAAAGAGGCGAGAGCGAGCGAUACUGGAAGUUUAAGGUGGAGAAAAGGUAUACACUAAGAGCUUCUUCUCACCACGAUGUGGACGGUUCAAAGGAGGCGAGAGCGAGCGACGCUAGUCGUUGCUCUGCUGGUGUGCUGUGCUGGAGCGAUACUGGAAGUUGAAGGUGGAGAGAAGGUAUACACUAAGAGCUUCUUCUCGCCAGUAUUCGAGAGUUCACCUGGAAACGUGUUCGAUCCUCAUCAAAAUGUUGAGUUUCCCGAGGGCCAUUUGGCACUUCGCACCUUCACUUGCGAAGUGGUUGAUGCGGACACAGGUGAACCAAUUCCCUUGUCCGAGCUGUACGUGCAUCACUGGUUCUUGCAUAAAUUUGGUGUGAAGAAAGGCUUCAAGGCUCUUCUCAGCUCAGCUCCUCUUCCGGCGCCACAUUUACCCCGAAGAUACGCUACCCACUAUCUGCGCAAACCACUUCACCGCAUGGCCUUCAGACCUGAAGCUCAGCCUGUCCAGGGACGGCUCAAACGCCGACAGGUAUGUGCGGACGACGAAGAUGACUUGGGCGAUGACCCAUUUGCAGCUGGGGCAGAGAGCAGAAAUAUAGAAUUAUCCUUUCCUGCUCCCUAUGGUAUUGUGACUGGAGACAUGUCAGAGUACGAGGAAGGUUACGAGGAGGCAUGGUAUUUAAACUUACACACAAUCGAUCUGAGAGGUGUCGUGGACCCCAGAGGCUGUUUUGAAUGCCGGUGCGACUUGUACAACGUCACCGUAGAUGUCGACGGUCACCCACUCCCUGAUGACUACAAAGGUGGUCUCAGAUGUUGUCAUCAUUUGACAAACUGUGCACUGAAACCCGGAGUCCAGGCCAAGCCCAGAAGAGCACAGUUCAAGUAUACAAUGAGCUGGGUGGACUACGACGAAUCCGUGAGGCCAGUCCGCUCAUACUUUCUGGACGCGACUGAUUCGCGUGCUUCAGUUUAUGACAGACCUGAGUGUAAGGGCGAGUAUGAUAUUCCGAAGUGCACCAACGGGACAACACAUGAGGAGUGCAUCCACACUCUUCAAUCUGUGGAAGGGCUGCCCAUGGGAGGAGAUCUCAUAUUCGCCGUUCUUCACCAACAUUCUGGAGGUCUAGGUGGCAGUCUCUUCAACGAGGCUGGCGAGAAAUUAUGCGAGUCCCUGCCCAUAUACGGACAGGGAGACGAAGCAGGCAACGAAGCAGGCAACGAAGCAGGCUUUGUGGUAGGCAUGACUUUUUGUAAUCCCAAGCCUGGAAGCGUCAACAUUCGAACAAUGGAAGCGCUGCGCUUUGAAUCAAAUUACAGCAACAUUUUGAACCGAACGGGAGUCAUGGGUAUUAUGAAACUCUACGUUGCGCAAACCGUCGCCGAGGAAAUGGAACCUUUGGCUGUGCGGGACAUUGAGCAGGUCGUGAACAGCGCUGAGUGAAAAGAGUACGUGCUACAUGUUCAUUCUUUCGUUUGUCCAUCGGUUUAGUUUACGAAGUAAACGCCGAUAGACAAACGAAUUAUAGUUGUGAAUCUGUCGUAAUGUACUUCAGAACUCGCAGGCAACGAGGCUCGCUGAGCAUACUUGCUAGGGGUCCAGUUUGUAUAUGUGGAUCGAAGCAAUCGUUAUGAUAUAUAGAGGUACCCUCUUGUGGUUUCCACAACCGAAUUAGUAAUAAAAGUUCUGGAGAUUUGUCAUGUCCCCAAAACCUUCGUCCCACGACCCAGGAAGUUGUCAUAAUUGGAGUACAGAGUUAAACCUACCAACAGUGACACAUAACCGUUCUAGGGUUUUAUAUCACUAUUCGGAGGUGUCACUCACAAGAGUAUAUCUAAUAUUUUCCCGCAUUAU